UAGAAGAAUCAAGAUGAACGACUGGUUGCUUUACUUCUAUGUCGUCACUUUCCUGCGCCAGGACUAUGUCUAUAUCUUGUCCGAAGCGACGACAUGAGAAUUCUAAAGCAACUCUAGCUGGAAGGUCGAGCGAUAUCAUCCGCGUUUGGAAUGUCUGCGCCAUGGCUUUAUCCCACAGUCCUGCUGUGUAUUUACGGGUUUUUCUCCAGUCUCAGACCGUCAGAGCCUUUCCUCACCGCCUUCCUGAUGGGACCUGACAAAAACCUGACUGAGAGAGAGGUUGUGAAUGAGAUCUAUCCAAUAUGGACAUAUUCCUACCUGAUCUUACUGUUUCCUGUUUUCCUGGCUACGGAUUACCUCCGUUACAAGCCCGUGCUCAUCAUCCAGGCAGCCAGCUAUGUCAUCACUUACGCGAUGCUGGUGAAAUCCCAGGGUGUGCUGGCCAUGCAGCUUUUGGAGUUCUUCUACGGUGUGGCUACGGCUACUGAGAUCGCUUACUACUCCUACAUCUACAGCGUAGUCGAGCCUGCUAGUUACCAGAAAGUGACUGGUUUCUGCCGCAGUGUCACUCUGCUGGGAUCAGCUGUAGGAUCACUCAUUGGACAGAUACUGGUAUCAGUGUCCCAUGUUCCACUGGUUAACCUGAGCAUCAUCACACUGUCCUCAUCCUGCUUGGCAUUCCUGGCACCAUGGUUUUUGCCCAUGCCCAGCAAGAGCCUGUUUUUUCACCAGAGUGAGAGUGUUCCUCAGGACAAGACGGCACAGGAGCUCCCUGACAAGUCGGAGGACGGCGAGCACAAAGUGCCACUUGAUGCGAAUGAAGACACCACGAUUUUCAAGGAGAAACGUGGUGGCACUGGAGGUCUGGUGGAGGUCUUGAAGGCUCUUGGAGCAGAUUUUAUGAAGUGUUAUUCAUGCCGCACUCUCCUGGCCUGGUCAGUGUGGUGGGCUCUGUCUACCUGUGGCUACUUCCAAGUAAUCAAUUACGCCCAGGCCCUGUGGGAGAAGAUCCAGUCCUCAAAAGAAUUUGAUAUCUAUAAUGGUUAUGUAGAAACCAUAUCUACUUUGCUUGGGGCCCUUGCUGCUUUCAGUGUAGGAUUGGUUAAGGUGCCGUGGGCUGUGUGGGGUGAACUCGCACUCUGCAUUUUCUCCAUAGUCAUUGCUGUGGCUGUGUACGUCAUGGACACAGUCAGGAAUAUCUGGGUGUGCUAUGCUUCUUACGUGAUCUUCCGAGCCACCUACAUGUUGCUCAUCACUAUAGCAACGUACCAGAUUGCAGCCAAUCUAAGUAUGGAGAGAUAUGCCUUAGUGUUUGGCGUGAACACGUUCGUGGCAUUGGUGCUGCAAACGCUGCUUACUGUGAUUGUGGUCGACUCUGCUGGGUUGGGCCUUGAUAUUUUUCCCCAGUUCCUGAUCUACGGUAGUUACUUUGCUGCAAUCGCGGUGAUCUUCCUCAUAGCUUGGUUAUAUAAAGUGGCUACACGUAGUAGUGCUGAUGCUGCUGGAGUCCAAUCUGAGAGCGCAGAGAAUGAAACGGACUCAUCUAGUGGAGAAACUCCCAUCCCCAAAGAGAGCAGUAUUAUUUAAGGCAUAAUCUAAAUUUUGAGCAUUUUUCAUUGAAAUUAGGUUAUUUAUUAAAGUGGAGAUGUAUUGUAAAAGCACUUAUUAUAAUAUGCUGAGUGUGUGCUCAGACCCGGAGCUAGGAGCUUCCAUUUAGUUUCCGUUUAUCAUGGAACAGAAGUUGGAGCUGUGUGUAGUUUUGCAGCAAUAACAAAGCAAGCACCUGUACACCUAUGGUGAGUAGUUAUACAGGGUGUCCCAAAAGUCUCCAUACAUAAGGGACUACGUAUGCCAGCACCAUGUCGGUCGUGAAUUCGUCACAUGUUCAUGGACAUCCACUUCUCGGUUCAUCCACAACACUUCCAGUCUUUUUGAAUUUGUUAAUAAAUUUGGCAGUAGUGUCGUGUGUGAUGUGCUUGCCAUGUUUCCUGUUAAAGUCCAUCGCAACCUUGCAACAGCUUCCCGAUCCAGCCAUGAGAAUGAUUUCAAUACAUUCUACUUUUGUCAAAGGCAUUCUUAAAGGUUAUCUGAAAAAAAAAUGUAUAAUAUAAACUAAAUAUGAAAAAUUUUGGAAGACAUUUUGCUAAAAAGUGUUAAUUUCCCCCAUGUAUGGAGACUUUUGGGAGACCCUGUAGUUGAAAAAAAAAAAAAAAAAAAAGGAGAGAGAAAAGUACAAGAUCACAAAGAAAUAGGACCAAAAACUAUAACUGAAUAUACAUGGAAUGUAGACAAGAUAAGUGUGUUAAUGACAUUAUCUUUGCACACUACUGUAAGUACAUUAAUGCUGUAUAGAGGAGCUCACCACCGCUGACUCGGGGUCCGGAUUUGGACCUAGCAAAGGCUUUUAGCAGACCAAACUGAAAGAAUACUGUAGAGAUUUUACUGUAUGAAAAAAAAUUACUGUAGUUCAACAGUUCCAAAUUUCUAAACAUGAUCCAUCUCAGCUUCUGUAUUAGAGCCUCUGUUUUGUUUUUUUUAUCAUCCAAUCACAUGACUUUAUGUAAAAUAUUUAGCUGAAGGCAGCUCAUCAGACCACACACUACCAGGAUAGAGACAUUAGUUUAGAAGGGGGACAGUGUUCACAUUUUUUCAUGGAGUUUUCUUUCCAUUUAACCUCUCUGGACUGAUAAGCGAAGUGAUACAGAGGCGUGUGUCAAAAAAGGAAAAGCCAGUGACGAAAUUUAAAGAUGAAGUGACAGAACCGCUUCAAGCUCAAAACUGAUGUAUCUCAUGUCUUCAGAGUCUGUGGUGCAAGUCAAAAAGUAGUAACACAAGCACCACUGGGACUUGACUUAUGCAGGGUGAUUAAAAAAAUGUUACUGCUUGUACAACAGUACAGCACUGUAGCACUUGAUAUUUGUUUGCUAACCAUUGACCUCCGUCCAUGCUGCAGCACUGGUUUUAUGCUCCAAACUCAAUCUGGUAGCUAUUUCACCAAAAAACAUCAACAGUACUGUUAGAAAAAGAAAACUGUAAAGAAGAAUGUUGCCAGUAAGAGCUGAAUCACUUUGUAUGUAGCCAUGAAUUAACUAAUGGUUAAGCAUCAAAAAGUAACUGAUGUCAUCAUUCAAUCAUGUUAGCUGCUUAUCCAGACCUUUGUAAGGAAGGAAUUUUAUGAAUUCUUGUCAAAAAGUCUUAGGUACAUGCAAAGAAAUGUGGUAAAGCAAAGAUGCCUUCAAAAAUAAUGAAUUUAAAAUUUUGUACAUCAAAACUGCUGUAAAGAGCAGCACACAAUAAUAAACAAGGUCAGUAUUUGGUAUGAUAAGGCUUUGCUUUAAAAAAAAAAAAAAAAAAAAAAAUCAGUAGUCUCAGGUAAGGUUUGUGCAGCUUUAUAAGAAACUUAGCUGAUAGGUUUUACUGAGCCUCUUGGAGAAUCUCAGUUCUGCUGGAGACUUUCUCACUUGCUUCUUUUUUUCUUUGCAUGCAAAUCCCACCAGCCUUGAUUAUGUUUUUGUCUGAAAAGAGAUCUGUUACGUAUAAUGUUACUUCUUUUUAAAAAUGUUCUUUACUGACAUUCAAACGUAUUUUUCUGUAACAUUUAAUUUUUUGGUUUUGGCUCAGUAAUGCAGAAUUCAUAAAAUAAACAUUUAUAACAAAAUGUGUACUAAAGAAAAAGGGCGCCUAAGACUUUUGCACAGUACUGUAUUUUAGUUGAAUACCCCUGCUGCAUAGUAUAUUUGAAGUGCCUCCAGAAUGGUUUCCUAAUCUAUAUUUAUUAUUAUUAUUAUUGCGUAUCUCAUUCUAGUAUGACUGAAGUCUUUUUUAAGAGGCUCUUGUGCUGCUUUGUUUCUGAGGUAAUUGAGAAUUUAGGUCAUUUGUUUUUAGUCCAGAGAACACAUUUUCAACUUUGUCUUCUAUUCAUCUUAGUCGUACUUUGGAUCUCAUAAACUGCAGGCAGUGUACUGAUUGCAUUAAUCUGCUGUAAGUGUUACCCAUUGCCAAUUGCCAAAUAAUGAGCUCUUCUGUGCUGCAAUACUGCUUUGCUUCAUUUCAGUGUUUUGGUUGAAGGUAGAUGUUUUUCAGACAGCUGUUAUCUCUAUAAAAAGCUUUCUUUUGUCAUUCAACAUUUUCUACCUCCUUUUUUUUUUUUAAUCACUAACUCACUACAAAAUAUGUUGGUAGGUCGUACAGACCUUCCUCUGCUCUCAUUUUUCUUGGUUGCAUAGCAGCUUCAGUGCAAAAUUAUCUUGGUCAUGGCACAGUUAGAGGUUUAUACAGGUUGAGAUUAAAUUAAGUUACAAUUACUAGUUCAUAGUUACAUUUAGUUAUAUUUUUAUUUAAACAGUUAUCAUGAGAUUUGUCACCUUCAGCUGUGCAGGCUGGAAGAACAGACUGGAUCUACACAACUACAGUGCUUUAUCCAGCUAUGUGUUGCUUGUAAUUGUAAUACAUGCCCUUAUUAUGGCAUACUAGAUUGGUUAAUGAGAUCGUGUAAACAUGCUGCGGUGCAUCCUUCAAACGUAUUGCCAGCUAAGCAAACUCUCAACAGGUCUGCCCACUCACUCUCCCUUGUUAUAUUUGCACUAUUACAGCUCCUACACGUUGUAGGCAGAUGCCAUGUAGAGAAAACAUGAUAUUUGGUUGUAUGGAUAUUAUAACAUAAAUGAAACUGUACCCCACCAUAUAAAAUUUGUUUAAGUAAUUUUUCCACAUGUCCUUGGUCUGACAGAAUGUAUUCUAAUGUGGGGCUGCUGUACUCAUAAAUACAGUGUAAACCACUUUUCAAUCGAUGAACUAUGUACAAUCAUUGCAGCUAAGAGUAGUUAAAAACCUUCAAUUAGAGCAAUAAUGUAUAUUUAGUUUAGGUUACUUAGUGCACAUGCACCUACUGUUGAUAUGAUGUGUUAUUAAUGAUUAUCAUACCAACAGCACUUGGAACCCCUGUUGCUUUGUACUUGUAUAUAAUUUUGUUAUAUGCAAUGCCAUAAGGAUUGCCCUGACUAUUGAUGGACUCAAAUUUGUGAUGUCUUUUAUUUUGAACUUGUAUUAACUGUGAGAAAUGUGGAAUUUAAUUGAACUAUAAAAAUUAUGUUUUUGUUUUGCUUUUA